AAUGCUAUUGGAGGCAGUUUGCAGUUCCUCAUGGAUGAAAUGGAUGAGAAACGUAAAAGGCCACCUUUGUUUGAAGUAUCACUAGAGUUGCAGGAACCAGACCUUGUAUUUGUUCCUUCACUGGAUGUAAAUGACCCUAAAAGUUUCUAUUCUCUUAUCCAGAGCAUUAUAAAUGACAUUACAUACAUGGCUACUAUUAUUCCUCGUGUAGCUCCGAACCCUGGACAAAUUGAUUAUAAGGAAGAAAUGGAGUCAAAUGCAGACUUAAUUGAAAUGAAAGAAGAAACACUGACACGUGUUCAGCAAGUAAUAGAUCAAGCUAUAUCUUAUUGCGAAAAUUUUGAAGAACAUUCAUAUCUGUGGUUGGAUGACCGUGAAGCAUUUCUUGAACAGUUUUUGGAAUAUGGUCCCCAGCUGACAUGUGAAGAAGUUGACACUACAAACACUGGUAUGGAAGAGCAACAAGUAGUUGACACGAAACCUACUCUGCAGCACUUCAAAGAGCAGAUCGAUCAUUAUGAAAAUCUAUAUAUGGAGAUAGAAAGGAUGGAUACAGAAAAAAUAUUUUCUAGUUGGUUUCGUGUAAACUUGCGUCCAUUUAAACAAGCUUUACUUAACACAGUAUGCAAAUGGAGCAAUAUGCUAAAGCAGUAUUUAGCAGUACACGUCAAAAACAGCCUUCAAGAGCUAAAUGACUUUAUUGAUGAAGCAGAUAAUGGUCUUCUGCAGCCAGUUUUGGAAGGGGACUAUGAUGGCCUUCUGAAAGUAAUGGGGUACCUGUUUCAUGUAAAGGAAAGGACACCAAAAACAGAUGAAAUGUUUGAGCCUAUUAAGGAAAUGAUUGAUCUGCUAAAGACAUAUGAUGUUGAAUUUUCAGAAGAAGUGUACUUACAGCUACAGGAACUGCCUGAACGAUGGAAUGCUACAAAGAAGACUGCUGUAACUGUGAAACAACAAGUUACUCCACUUAUGGCUGCUGAGGUUACGCUUAUCAGGAAGCGAAUAAACUUAUUUGACCUGAGACAAAACCAGUAUCGAGAAUAUUUUCGAAAACUGGAUUUAUUCAAGUAUGGCUGUGAUGAUGCAUACACUUUAAUGGAUGUUACACAUACCAUAAUUACAGAAAUGGAAGAGCAAAUGACAGUGCUCCAGGAACAGGCAUCAUUAUUUGAAGUGACAGUCCCUGAAUACAAGCAACUUAGGACAUGUUGCAAAGAAAUAAAAAUGUUAAAGACUUUAUGGGACUAUAUAUACAUUGUGAGAUCAUACAUAGAUGACUGGAAGACUACACCAUGGAAGAAAAUUGAUGUAGAAAACAUGGAUCAGGAAUGCAAAAAGUUUGGCAAAGAAAUCCGAGGUCUCGAUAAGGAAAUGCGAUCCUGGGAUGCCUAUGUAGGUCUUGAGGCUACUCUGAAGAAUUUGAUGACCUCUCUCAGGGCUGUGACAGAAUUACAGAAUCCCGCAAUAAGAGAGCGACACUGGGAACAGCUAAUGGCAGCCACAAAGGUCAUAAAAACAUACAAUAAAGAGCUAGUUGUUAAAUUUGUAAUGGAUGGUUCAACAACUUUAGCUGAUCUAUUGGCUCUUAACCUACAUGAGUUUGAAGAUGAAGUUAAGAAUAUUGUUGACAAAUCUGUUAAAGAAAUGUCAAUGGAGAAGGUACUUAGGGAACUUGAAAUUACUUGGGCAGCUAUGGAAUUUGAUCAUGAAGUUCACACUCGUACUAACUGCGUUAUUUUGCGAGCUAGUGAGGAGCUAAUAGAAACUCUUGAAGAAAACCAGGUUCAGUUACAAAAUCUCAUGAGCUCAAAGUACAUAGCAUAUUUUUUGGAAGAAGUUUCAGACUGGCAGAGGAAAUUGUCCAAUGCAGAUCAAGUAAUAUCGAUAUGGUUUGAAGUUCAGCGCACCUGGAUGCAUUUGGAAUCUAUAUUUAUUGGAUCUGAAGAUAUCCGUAACCAGCUGCCAGAAGAUUCUAAAAGAUUUGAUAAAAUUGAUAAAGAAUUUAGAGAAAUGUUAGAAGUUAUGUCAAAGAUGCCAAAUGUUGUUCAAGCCACAAACUGUCCUCACUUGUUUGAAAGGCUGGAGGUUCUUCAGGAACAACUUACACUAUGUGAAAAAGCUUUGGCUGAAUAUCUGGAAACUAAGAGACUGGCAUUUCCACGCUUUUAUUUUGUUUCUUCUGCUGACCUGUUGGAUAUUUUAUCUAAUGGAAACCAACCUGAACUUGUAGCAAGGCAUCUCACAAAGCUGUAUGAUUCUCUUGCGAGACUCAAAUUCUGUCAGGAAGAUGGCAAAAAUACCAAGUAUGCAGAAGGAAUGUUUGCUAAGGAUGGAGAAUAUGUUGAGUUCAAUGGACAGUGUGACUGUUCAGGCAAGGUGGAGGUUUGGUUGAGCAGAUUAACUGACACAAUGCGUCAGACAUGUCGCUAUUACUUUGGUGAAGCUGUAUCAUCAUAUGAUGAAAAACCACGUGAACAGUGGCUUUUUGACUUUCCAGCUCAGGCAUCUCUCUGUGGUACUCAGAUUUGGUGGACAUCUGAAGUGAACAUGUCUUUCUCCAGACUUGAAGAGGGUUUUGAAAAUGCGCUUAAAGAAUACCAAAAAAAGCAAAUAAUGCAGCUUAGUAUUCUGAUUUCACUCUUACUGGGCGAUUUAACAAAAGGAGACAGACAGAAGAUAAUGACAAUAUGUACCAUAGAUGUUCAUUCCCGUGAUGUUGUGGCUAAAAUGAUUCAGAUGAAAGUGGAGAGUGCAUCAGCAUUUCAGUGGCAGUCUCAGUUGAGACACAGAUGGGACGAUCAGUUAGCAGAUUGCUUCUGCAACAUAUGUGAUGCUCAAUUUCAGUAUGCUCAUGAGUAUCUUGGCAACACACCACGGCUUGUGAUAACCCCUUUAACAGACCGCUGCUAUAUUACAUUAACCCAGUCCUUGCAUUUGACAAUGGGAGGAGCCCCAGCAGGACCAGCUGGUACUGGGAAGACAGAGACCACAAAAGACCUAGGGAGGGCCAUGGGUGUUAUGGUAUAUGUGUUCAACUGCUCUGAACAGAUGGAUUACAAGUCAUGUGGCAACAUCUACAAAGGCCUUGCACAAACUGGAGCUUGGGGAUGUUUUGAUGAAUUCAACCGAAUUUCAGUGGAAGUAUUAUCUGUAGUAGCAGUGCAGGUGAAAUCCGUACUAGAUGCCAUAAAAGGCACCAAAAAAACUUUUAGCUUCAUGGGCCAGGAAAUAGCCCUUGUGCCAACAGUUGGCAUGUUUGUCACCAUGAAUCCUGGAUAUGCUGGCAGGACAGAGCUACCUGAGAACCUGAAGGCAUUGUUCAGACCGUGUGCCAUGGUGGUGCCUGAUUUUGAGUUAAUAUGUGAAAUAAUGUUGGUAGCUGAAGGAUUUCAAGAGGCUCGUAUCUUGGCUCGGAAAUUCAUUACUUUAUACACUCUUUGUAGAGAACUACUGUCUAAACAGGAUCAUUAUGAUUGGGGUUUAAGGGCCAUCAAGUCUGUUCUUGUUGUGGCUGGCUCACUCAAGCGUGGAGAUCGAGGCAGACCUGAGGAUCAAGUAUUGAUGAGAGCUUUGAGGGACUUCAACAUUCCUAAAAUUGUAACAGAUGACAUACCAGUUUUCAUGGGACUUAUAGGUGACUUGUUUCCAGCUCUUGAUGUGCCAAGAAAGAGAGACUUAGAAUUUGAAAAAAUGGUAAAGCAAGCUGCACUUGACUUGAAACUACAGCCUGAAGACAAUUUUAUUUUAAAGAUUGUUCAACUUGAAGAAUUAUUAGAAGUACGACAUUCAGUAUUUAUUGUUGGCAAUGCCGGAACAGGAAAAACUAUGGUUUGGCGCUCAUUGUUCAAAACAUAUCAGAAUAUGAGAAGAAAACCUGUAUUCAAUGAUCUUAAUCCUAAGGCAGUUACAAACGAUGAACUUUUUGGCAUAAUCAAUCCAGCAACAAGAGAGUGGAAGGAUGGCCUUCUUUCAGCCCUCAUGCGAGAUCAGGCCAAUUUAUCUGGUGAUGGACCAAAAUGGAUUGUUCUUGAUGGAGACAUUGACCCUAUGUGGAUUGAAUCUUUAAACACAGUAAUGGAUGACAAUAAAAUUUUGACACUUGCUAGUAAUGAGCGUAUUGCUCUAACACCUGUGAUGCGCCUGCUUUUUGAAAUAUCCAGUUUACGAACUGCCACACCUGCCACAGUAUCUCGAGCAGGAAUAUUGUAUCUAAAUCCUCAGGAUCUUGGAUGGAACCCGUAUGUCACCAGUUGGGUGGAGACUAGAGAACACCAAGCUGAGAGAUCAAAUCUCAUUGUCUUAUUUGACAAGUACAUUCCUUCAUGCCUUGAAGCUCUGAGAACGCGAUUUAAGAAAGUAACUCCCAUAGCUGAAAUUUCACAUAUACAAAUGCUGUGCCACCUAUUAGACUGUCUCAUAAUACCUGCAAAUCUGCCAAAUGACUGUCCAAAGGAAUGGUAUGAGAUAUAUUUUGUCUUUGCUUGUGUGUGGGCUUUUGGUGCUGCAAUUUGCCAAGAUCAGUUGGUAGAUUACCGUGUGGAAUUUUCAAAAUGGUGGGCAAAUGAAUUUAAGACGGUGAAAUUUCCAUCACAAGGAACUGUUUUUAAUUAUUUUGUUGACCAUGAAACUAAGAAAUUUCUGCCAUGGGAGGAAAAAGUUCAAAAAUUUGAACUUGAUUAUGAUAUACCACUCCAGUCAUUCUUGGUAUCCACAAAUGAAACUACUAGAAUACGUUAUUUUAUGGAUCUAUUGAUGCAAAAGAGGUUACCUCUUAUGCUUGUCGGAGUGUCUGGUUCAGGCAAAAGUGUUAUUGUAGCUGAUAAAUUAGGAAGUCUGUCAGAGAACUAUGUUAUUACCAAUGUACCUUUCAACUUUUAUACGACAUCCGAAAUGCUACAGAAAGUUCUGGAAAAACCAUUGGAGAAGAAAGCAGGACGCAACUUUGGACCACCUGGAAAUAAGACAAUGAUUUAUUUCAUUGAUGACAUGAACAUGCCAGAAGUGGAUGCAUACGGCACUGUACAGCCUCAUACAUUAAUACGGCAAUAUUUUGAUUACUGCCAUUGGUAUGAUCGCAACAAAUUGACACUUAAGGAUAUUCACAACUGUCAGUACGUCUCAUGCAUGAACCCAACAUCAGGAAGUUUUACAAUCAAUCCUAGACUUCAGCGACAUUUCUGUGUCUUUGCUGUGAAUUUCCCAUCUGAUGAACCACUGUUUCACAUCUAUCACUCAAUCCUCAGUCAACACUUGGCAAAUCCAAUACUUAAAUUCAGCAACAAUGUCUGCAAGAUUUCAUCAGCACUAGUGAAAGCAGCACUGGCGUUACACCAAAAAAUGGCAGCAAUGUUUCUUCCUACGGCCUUAAAAUUUCAUUACAUCUUCAAUCUUCGAGACUUAUCAAAUAUUUUUCAGGCAAUGCUCUUCACUGUUGCUGAUUGUUUGCCAAAUCAAAAUGAACUGAUACGGCUGUGGAUGCAUGAAGCAACUCGUGUGUAUGGAGAUAAACUUGUGGACAAUAGUGAUAUUGAAAGCUUUAACAAAAUACUACAUGACAUCGUUAAGAAAUCAUUUGAAGAACUAGAUGAAAGUGUAUUUCAUAAACCACUUAUAUUUUGUCAUUUUGCAGAUGGUAUCGGAGAAAGCAAAUACAUGCCUGUGAAAGACUGGAAUGUACUGAGAAGAUUACUUGAAGAUGCUUUGGCACAGUAUAAUGAUCUUGUAGCUGCCAUGAACUUGGUUAUGUUUGAGGAUGCAAUGCAUCAUGUGUGUCGUAUAAAUCGCAUAUUGGAAUCUCCAAGAGGAAAUGCCCUUCUUGUUGGAGUAGGUGGAAGUGGAAAACAGUCAUUAUCUCGUCUUUCAGCAUUUAUUUCAUCUCUUGAAGUCUUCCAGAUCCAGUUACGAAAAGGAUAUGCAAUUAAUGACAUGAAAUCAGAUUUGGGAAAUCUGUAUUACAAAGCUGGCUUGAAAAGUGUGGGGAUAAUGUUUCUGAUGACUGAUUCACAAGUGGCUGAAGAGAAGUUCUUAGUUCUUGUGAAUGACAUGCUAGCAUCUGGAGAGAUUCCAGAAUUGUUUUCUGAUGAUGAAGUAGAAAAUAUUGUUUCUGGAUUAAGAAAUGAAGUUAAAGCAUCAGGUUCUAUUGACAACAGAGAAAACUGUUGGAAGUUUUUUAUCGAUCGUGUUCGCCGACAACUAAAGGUGGUAUUGUGUUUUUCUCCAGUUGGAUCUACAUUACGUGUAAGGGCUCGUAAGUUCCCAGCAAUUGUGAACUGCACAUCUGUUAAUUGGUUUCAUGAAUGGCCACAGAAGGCAUUAGAAUCCGUAUCAGAACGUUUUCUGUCAGAAAUUUCUGUGCUUCCUUCAAAGCUACACAAGUCUGUGUCUCUUUUCAUGGCUUAUGUGCACACAGUUGUGAAUGAAAUGUCACUCACUUAUUUACAAAAUGAACGCCGCUAUAAUUACACUACACCUAAAUCAUUUUUAGAACAGAUCAGUUUGUAUUCAAAACUUCUGCACGAAAAAACUGCUGAGCUACAAGCUCGUAUUUAUCGUUUAACAAAUGGUCUGGAAAAAUUAGCUUGCACUGCUCAACAAGUGGAUGGUCUGAAAGAAGUACUGGCAAAUCAGCAGGUGACUCUUAAAGAAAAGAAUGACGCUGCUGACAAAUUAAUACAAGUUAUUGGGGUUGAAACAGAGAAGGUGUCUAAGGAAAAGGCAAUUGCUGCUGAGGAAGAAAGAAAGGUAAGAAUAAUUGAAGAAGAUGUGAGCCAAAAGCAAAAAAUGUGUGAGGAAGAUUUGAUGAAGGCUGAACCUGCACUUGUUGCUGCUCAAGAAGCAUUGAAUACAUUGAAUAAAAGUAACCUCACAGAACUUAAAUCAUUUGGAGCACCACCGCCAGCAGUGGUCAAUGUUACUGCUGCUGUCAUGGUCCUGUUUGCACCAAAAGGUAGAAUCCCUAAAGAUAGAAGCUGGAAAGCAUGUAAAGUUAUGAUGGCAAAGGUUGAUUCUUUUCUAGACAGUUUAAUACAUUAUGACAAGGAAAACAUCCACCCUGAGGUAAUUAAAGCUUUGCAACCAUACCUUCAAGACCCAGAAUUUGUACCUGAAAACAUACAGGGCAAGUCACUUGCCGCUGCAGGUCUCUGUGCUUGGGUUAUAAACAUCAUGAAAUUCUAUGAAGUUUAUGUUGUUGUUGAGCCAAAGAGACGUGCACUGAACCAAGCCAAUGCAGAGCUAGCUGCAGCUAGGGAACGAUUAAAUUCCCUGAAAGACCAAUUGAAUUCCCUUGAAGCCAAGUUGGCAACAUUAACACAUGAAUUUGAAGAAGCUGUUGCUGAAAAAGUAAAAUGUCAGCAGGAAGCUGAUUCUACUUCACUCACUAUUGACUUAGCAAAUCGUCUUGUUAAUGGCCUAGGAUCAGAGAACAUUCGCUGGAGAGAAAGUGUGGCUACUCUUAAACAAGCUGGAAACAUGCUGCCUGGUGAUGUUCUUUUGGUAACAGCAUUUAUUUCUUAUGUCGGUUGCUUCACUCGGAAAUACAGAAUUGACCUACAAGAAAAAUAUUGGCUUCCUUACCUGAAAAAGCUAGAUCCACAAAUUCCACUUACACUGGAUGUGGAUCCCUUGACUCUACUAACUGAUGAUGCUCAGAUUGCCAAGUGGAACAAUGAAGGCCUACCAAGUGAUCGAAUGUCUGCAGAAAAUGCAACAAUCUUGACCAAUUCAACUCGUUGGCCACUUAUGAUAGAUCCACAGCUCCAAGGAAUUAAGUGGAUCAAAAAUAAAUAUGGAGAAAGCCUAAAAAUUGUUCGCUUAGGGCAGAAAAUGUAUCUUGAAGUGAUUGAAGGGGCUCUGUCAAAUGGGGACACUGUAUUGAUUGAAAAUAUUGGUGAAUCAAUUGAUGCUGUUCUGGAUCCGUUAUUGAGUCGAAAUCUGAUAAAGAAAGGAAAAGCUAUAAAAAUUGGUGACAGGGAAGUUGAUUAUAAUCCAAACUUUCGACUAAUUUUGCACACCAAGUUGGCAAAUCCUCAUUAUAAACCUGAAAUGCAAGCACAAACAACUCUGAUUAAUUUUACUGUUACAAGAGAUGGAUUAGAAGAACAGCUAUUAGCGGAGGUUGUAAAAGCUGAACGCCCAGAUCUAGAGAAACUGAAGGCUGAUCUCACUAAGCAACAAAAUGAUUUCAAAAUUACACUUAAAAUGCUUGAAGAUGACCUCCUGCAUAGGUUAGCUUCUGCAGGAGAAAAUAUUUUGAAGGACACAGCCCUAGUGAUAAAUCUGGAGACCACAAAGAAGACUGCAGCAGAAAUUGAGAUAAAAGUUUCUGAAGCUAAGGUAACUUCUGUUCAGAUUGACGAAGCCAGAGAACAGUACCGCUCAGCGGCUACAAGAGCAUCACUGCUGUACUUUAUUUUGAAUGACCUGCACAAAAUAAAUCCAAUAUACCAGUUUUCACUGAAGGCUUUCAGUGUUGUCUUUUAUAAUGCAAUGAUGUGUGCACGUAAAGAUGAUAACAUUCAGAAAAGGGUAUUCAAUCUCAUUGACAGCAUAACAUUUUGUGUUUAUAUGUAUACAAGUCGAGGACUUUUUGAAUGUGACAAAUUAAUUUUUAUGGCUCAGAUGGCUAUUCAGAUUCUUUUAAUGGAUAAUGAGAUAGACCCAGCAGAACUUGACUUUUUGUUACGAUAUCCAGCAAACCCUAAUGUUACCAGCCCUGUUGAUUUUCUUACUAAUCUGAGCUGGGGUGGGAUCAAGACACUUUCUGCAAUGGACGAAUUCAGAAAUCUCGACCGUGACAUAGAAGCUUCAGUGAAGCGAUGGAAGAAAUUUGUGGAAUCAGAAACACCUGAGAGAGAGAAGUUUCCUCAGGAGUGGAAGAACAAGUCAGCAUUGCAACGGUUAUGUAUGUUGAGAGCUUUGAGGCCUGACAGAAUGACAUAUGCUAUGAGAGUAUUUAUUGAGGAAAAAUUAGGCAGCAAGUACAUUGAAUCAUGGACUAUUGAAUUUUCAAAAUCAUAUGAAGAAAUGAGUUCAAGCACACCAGUGUUCUUUAUAUUGUCACCAGGCGUUGAUCCACUAAAAGAUGUAGAAAAAGUUGGAAGGAAACUUGGCUUUACAUUUGAUAAACAUAAUUUUCACAAUGUCUCUUUGGGUCAAGGCCAGGAAGUUGUUGCUGAGGAAGCAAUGGACAUUGCUGCUAGGGAAGGGCAUUGGGUUAUACUACAGAAUAUUCAUCUCGUCAAGAACUGGUUGCCAUAUUUGGAGAAAAAAAUGGAACAUUGUGCUGAAAUAGCACAUCCCAACUUUCGUCUUUUCAUGAGUGCAGAGCCAUCACCUGAUCCAGCUUUCCACAUUAUCCCUCAAGGAAUUCUGGAGUCUUCAAUAAAAAUUACUAAUGAGCCACCCACAGGAAUGCUUGCAAAUCUUCAUAAAGCCCUUGAUAAUUUUUCACAGGAGACACUUGAGAUGAGCACCAAAGAAGCAGAGUUUAAAGCUAUAUUAUUUUCUCUCUGUUACUUCCACGCAGUAAUAGCAGAACGUCGAAAAUUUGGGCCACAAGGCUGGAACAGAAUUUAUCCUUUCAAUGUUGGUGAUUUGACAAUAAGUGUGAAUGUCCUGUAUAACUAUCUUGAGAAUAGUGCAAAAGUACCAUGGGAAGAUCUUCGUUAUCUGUUUGGAGAAAUAAUGUAUGGGGGUCAUAUUACCGAUGACUGGGAUCGUCACUUGUGUCGAACAUACCUUUCAGAGUACCUACGACCAGAGCUCCUUGAUGGUGACCUCUCUUUGGCACCUGGUUUCCUAGCACCUCCAAAUACAGAUUUACAAGGUUAUCAUAAUUACAUUGAUGCUUACCUGCCAGCAGAGACGCCAUAUUUAUAUGGGCUGCAUCCAAAUGCAGAAAUAGGUUUUCUGACUACCACAUCAGAGACCUUGUUUCGUACAGUUUUAGAAAUGCAACCUCGUGAGGCUGGAGCAUGUGGUACAAGCACUCUUACACGAGAAGAAAAGGUUAAGCAGGUUCUCGAUGAUAUAUUAGACAAACUACCUGAAGGCUUUAACAUAGCUGAAAUUAUGGCUAAAGUAGAAGAGAGAACACCAUAUAUAAUAGUUGCAUUCCAAGAAUGUGAAAGAAUGAAUAUUCUGUCGUCAGAAAUGAAGCAAUCUCUGAGGGAACUGGAUCUUGGACUUAAGGGUGAACUGACUAUAACAACAGAUAUGGAGGAAUUGGAAGCAUCUCUUUUUAUGGAUCAGGUCCCAGCUAGGUGGACAAAACUUGCUUAUCCAUCCAUGAUGACAUUAGGUCCUUGGUUUGCCGAUUUUAUGCUAAGGCUACGUGAACUGGAAGGGUGGUCAACUGAUUUCCAGUUGCCAUCAUCUGUUUGGCUUGCUGGUUUCUUUAACCCACAAUCAUUCUUAACUGCAAUUAUGCAGUCUACUGCAAGAAAAAAUGAAUGGCCUUUGGACAGAAUGUGCCUUCACUGUGAAGUAACAAAAAAGCAAAAGGAGGAAUUUACAACUCCACCUAGAGAAGGUGCAUACAUUCACAGUCUUUUCAUGGAGGGAGCAAGAUGGGAUCCGCAGACUGGAGCCAUUGUAGAAGCUCGUUUGAAAGAACUAUUUCCUACUAUGCCUGUUAUUUUCAUUAAGGCUAUAACACAAGAUAAGCAAGAUCUCCGCAACAUGUAUGAGUGCCCAGUCUACAAAACACGUGUACGGAAUCAAACAUAUGUUUGGACAUUUAAUUUGCGAACACGUGAGAAACCAGCAAAAUGGACUUUGGCAGGAGUUGCUAUUUUAUUACAAAUAUAAUCAUAUAUUAAUAACAUCUUAUAUUUGGCCAUUAAUAUUUAUUUUUCACUAUGAAUAAUUGCUUAUAAAUGUGUAUACAUUGUUGUU